AGUGCCCAUUCCCUCGCGCCCCCUCAGCACACAGUCAGCCGUCUUCGGUACCGCGCAAGGAGACCGGGUCUGAGAGAGACAAGGGCCUGGGGGGACAGGCCGACCGGGUCCUUGAGAAAGCGGAGCGAGGCGGUGACAGGGCCCCGCCCCGCCAUGUGGCCGCAGCCCCCACUGCUGCUGCUGCUCCUGCUCCUGGCAGCUACCCCCGAGGACCGAGCUGCCCCCGUCUCCGUCCCGGAGCGUGCCCACGGACACAGCCACGCCCCCGGGGGUCCCGACACUUCCGAGGGCCCGGAGCUGGGUUCCAUGGGCCUGCUGGGUAUCCACAGCCUCCUCCGCAGCCUCAACCGCCUCCUGCUUCGGGAGGAUCUGCUUCAGGGUGUGGACAGCCUCAUGUCACCUUCGGUGGAUUUUAGAAGCCUCCCAGCCAAUUACCAUAAUGAGGACCAGAAACAACGUCACUUGGGUAACAGCACUGUCUACAGCCACCACCAGAUAGACAAGGUGACUGAUAAUCGGACCGGAGAUGUAAUGAUUUCAGAGAAGGUGGUGGCUGCAAUUGAGCCUUCAGAAGGGAAUGUGGAGGAUGACUGGAAGGUGCCUGAGGAUGAAGAGAAUGAGCCAUCCCAGACUCUCCCUAGCACUGGACUGAGCGGCUUCCACGGCGAUACCCAGCCCAAAGUGUCCUUCUGGAUUGUCAGGCUGCCCCAUCAGCUGGCCCGGGCCGAGAGCAGGGCCGGAAGCCGCUGGCUCAGUGAGAAGCGCCAUCGGCUUCAGGCUAUCCGGGACGGGCUUCGGGAGGGAGCCCACGAGGAGGUCCCCUUGCGCCUCCGCUCUGUGCCUCGCCGGGCCCAUUUCCUCUACCUCCUAAGGCCCCCCCGGCAGCUGUAGGCCCUGGGGUUGGCAGAGAGGCAGGCUGAGGGCAGUAGCAGAGAUGAGAGGUGAGGAUGCUUGCAUCAGUCCCUCAGUCCCCUUGGAAAUAAAUAAAGUUCUGUCCUCAAA